AUGGACCGGAACGAUGAGUCGGCGGACGUGUCUCGGGAGUCGAUCAGGAACGGGGGGCAGAAAGGGGAAGCGGUCCAAAAACGAAAGGAGUUGGACGGUCCGGAUAGUGGGGGGCGGAGAGAUGCGGACGAGGAACGGCGACGUGGGACGGAGAGGCCCGACAAUGCGGAAGAACGGAGGAAGGAAAGAAAGGAGCGGGCCAAUGACGAGAGGUGGGAAAGAAACGGGAGCUCUAAAGAUGAGCGCUCACGAGAGCAACAGGGGCGAAUGGAAGAUCGAUCGGAGGGGAGAAGUGUGAGAAAGGAAGCAAGGGACCGGGGGGAAGGAGAUGACCGGGCGAGGGCCCGAGAUGGGGAUGUUAGGGGCAGUAGUAAAGAUGACAAAAAAGUGACCGAGCCGAAAAAUGGCCGAGAACGAGAGCGGGAGAGAGGGUUUGAGCGCGAUGAUAAAAAGGACAGGACAAGUCAAUCAUGA